AUUUUCUUAAAGCUUUGAAGUAUAGCUCACUAUUUUUAUUGUUUAAAAAGUGACGUUAUUAGUGGAUUCUAAAUUCUUUUUUAAUAAAAAAAAAAACAGUAAGUAAAUAAUAAAAAAAUGGGACAACUGAACAUGGUUAUUGCAGAAACUUUUGACAACUUUCUGAAUAUACUGUGCAAGGGCUUCGAAGGGAUAGCCAGCGGGAAGGACGAUUGUCAAUUCGAUCCGGAUGAGGUACUGGACGUACCGCAGAUAGUUAGGAGGCACGGGUACCCUGUAGAGACGCAUACGAUUGUGACUGAGGAUGGGUACUUGUUGGGAGUGCACAGGAUACCCGGGAACAAGGAGGGACAGCCUGGGAAUCAACCUGUUUUGUUGCAGCAUGGUCUGAUGGGUUCCAGUGCCGAUUGGGUACUGAACGGAGACACUACUUUGGCUUUCCUAUUGGCCGACAAUGGUUAUGACGUAUGGCUGAACAACGCCCGUGGAAACGUCUACUCCAAAGCCCAUACAACUCUCCCUCCUUACAGCAGUCAGUUUUGGAACUUCAGCUGGCACGAAAUGGGUACCAGAGACCUACCGGCAGUUCUCUACCAUAUCGGCAACGAAACUCAAAAGCCUGGAGAAAUAAUUUACAUAGGCCACUCCAUGGGUACCACUAUGGCUUUCGUUUUAACCAGUACUUUACCCUCUGUAGCCAAAACUGUCAAACUAUUCGUCGCGCUGGCUCCUACGGUUUAUAUGACACAUGUCACAUCUCCAGUGAGGUACUUAACUCCCUUUACCAGCGACAUAAGUUGGUUGGCAAGGAACCUUGGUAUAAACCAACUGAAACCAAGUAAUAAAUUACUUAAAUUCCUUUCGUACGGUUGUGAAAAGAAAUAUACCAAAAAAAUAUGCGAAAAUAUAUUUUUCAUCGUAAUAGGGUACGACGAUUCAGAGUUCGACUUGAGAAUGUUGCCCAAAGUACUGAGUCAUGACCCGGCAGGGUCCUCAACGAAAACCGUACUACACUAUUCACAGGAAAUAAGAAGCGAGGGUAAAUUCCAAAGGUACGACUAUGGAACAAAGGAAAACAUGCAGAUAUAUGGUACUCCCCAACCGCCUGAAUACAAACUGGACAAAAUUACCAGACCGUUCUACAUGUUCUUCGCGGAAAACGACAUAUUUGCUAAUCCGAUCGAUGUAGAACGGUUAAUACAGGCAGUACCAACGGUUGUAGGUACUACCAAGGUUCCGGGUACGACUUUCGGGCAUAUCGAUUAUAUAUUCGGCAAGAACGCGUACGAUUAUGUGUACAAGCCUUUACUAGGGGUACUGCAAAAUUAUACCAUGGAGCAGGAAAGUUACUGAGAUGUGAUAUUAUUUAAGUUUUUACAUAUACAUUUAGUUUUUUAUGAGGCUUUAAAAUAAUGUUACCAGUGAGUAAAAUAAUAAUAAAAAGUAUUUAUAAUAAUAUAAGUAACCUAUUUGAAUUUAUAAAAAAAAACGAAAGAAAAGCUUUUUGGAUUCUACAUGAUGUUUAAACAUAUUUUAUGUAUGAAUAAUAAAAAAAAUGAAAUUAGAAAAACUAUUAGUUUUAGGUUAGUUUUAGAUAUACAAUUUUAUACAGAGUCUUAUAAUAAAAAAAUAAAAAGUGUUAUAUUUAAACAAAAACGUAUGAUAUAUCCGCCACCCUUUUUGAAGCACCCUGUAUACACAAAAAUAAUAUGAAUGG